AUGCCUCCCUCCCUCAACACCCACUCUUCCUUCACCCGACCGAGGACCAGCGAUCGUGAUGGCCGGCCCAGCACCCGCGACCAGGCCAACACCGACAACCUGCUGAUUCCCAGCCGCACCUCGUCCCUCCACUCGCGCAUCACCCAGCCUGCUCCCGCGACCCUCGUCUCCAAGCCUCAGCAGCGAACCCCAAAGACCCUCACCCAUGCCUACAUGGUCUGCGGCGUCGGACGCGAGCCGUCCCAGUGGGUCAAGGCCCCGAGCCCCGGCCAGGGAAAGAUUGGCCACAUGAAGGGCGCCGUCGGCCAGUUCUGGCUCCCCGAGAUUCUCGGCAGCAGCCCCAGGCUCGAGCAGGACAACGAGAUUGCCCGCGCUCUCCACGCCGCCAUGAAGGCUUGCUUCCCUCACGACGUCGAGAUCUGCACUGGCCGCAGCCAGCCCCACUGCGUCCACCACGCCUUCGUCCUCCAGCAGGACUCUUCGCACACCCUCUACGGCAUCUCCCUGCGUGUCUGGUCGCGCGCCGACGAGAAGAGGGCCGAGACGAUCCGCGACCUCCGCAAGAGGACCGAGCCCGACUUCUACGACAGCCCCGACGAGACCUACUGGAUCCCCUACUGCCUGUCCUUCCUCUCCAGGUACCCUCUGUACAACCUCCUGGGUGACUACCUGCGCGGCAUGUGGAUCCACUGGAACAAGGCCACCAACCUCUUCCACGCCGAGGAGGUCUCGCGCAUCCUCAGCUUCCCGGCACCCCGCCUCAACGACCUGGUCCGCAUCGACAUGAAGGACUACGCCCUGUGCUACCAGUUCCCGUCGUCGCCCACCGGCUUCCAGAAUUUUGCCAUGUGGCCCCUCUUCUCCUGCCUGUCCAUCCCCAACAUCGUCGGAGUCAUCGAGGCCGCCAUCUCCCCCACCCGCCGCAUCAUCUUCACCAGCCACUACCCGGCCAUGCUGACCAUGGCUGCCGAGAGCGUCCGCUACUGCGUCCGCGUCUACGAGUGGAGCGGCCUCUACGUGCCCGUCGUCCACGCCCGCCACGCUGCCGAGCUGGUUCAGGAGCCCGGCCCCUACAUCCUCGGCAUCACGGCCGAGUGCCGCUCCCUCUUCACGGCCCCGACCGACGCCCUGGUGGUCGAUCUCGACCGCAACUUCGUCCUGACCUCGGACCCGCCCACGGCCCUGACCCCCACCCAGCGCAACAAGUUUGUCGCCCGCCUGACCCAGUCCCUCGCCGGCGACGUCACCCCCUCGGGCGUCCCCAACCAUCUGCGCUCCGCCUACGGCGGCGGCAAGCUCAUCCCGGCCGGCCAGAUCAUCGUCAUGCGGGGCGAGGUCGAGUCCAUCCAGGACCCCGAGUGGUGGAACCAGGACGCCGUCAUGGCCGUCAUGGACCACGUCUGCGAGAAGAUCGGCCGCAACUCGGGCAUGAAGGCCGUCUUCUCCGGCUCCCAGAAGAAGCCGCUGAUGACCAAGGUCUCGAUGCGCCACCUCAACGAGAUUGUCCGCGAGAGGAACCAGUACUCGCGCGACGCCCUCGAGGCCUGGCAGGACUUCAUCAACCUCAAGGGCCGCAUGGACACGGAGCUGAACAAGGUCAACAAGCGCAACAGCUACCUGGUCGAGGAGCUCGAGAGCUGGAAGCAGCAGUUCCUCAAGUUCCAGGCCUUUGCCGAGCAGCUCACCAAGGAGACGCAGGACCUCAAGAUGAAGAUUGAGAGCCACAAGAAGGAGAACCGCCGCCUGGCCGGCCUGAUCGACCAGCAGAAGGACGACAACGCCCGCCUGUCGGUCCGCCUCAGCGGCACCGAGAAGCAGCGCGACGACGCCCUUGAGGCCCUGGUGCUCCAGCAGGAGAUUGCCGAGGAGCUCGAGCGCGAGCGCAAGCGCAACAAGAAGGAGCUCGCCCAGAUGCAGCACACCAACACGACCAUACUCCGCCAGCGCGACGAGGCCCGCCGCGUGGUGCUGCACCUCCGCAGCCUGGUCGGCGGCCAGAGCCACCACAUGGAGCACCUGAUCCAGUCGCUGACCAAGCCCGAGGAGCUGCUGAGCGAGAUCGAGGCCGGCUUCGAGGACGAGCAGAUCGCCGAGGCCGAGCGCAAGGGCCUGUCGCCGGCCGAGAGGAGGGAGAGGCUCAAGUCGGCCAUGUCGCAGGACGAGAGGCGCAUCUCGGCCUCGAGCUUCAUCGACGUGGCCGACCGCCACCUCAAGGACAAGACGGACGCCAUCGCCCACAUCGUCCGCAACAUUGCCGAGCAGUGCCAGGCCGCCGUCGAGAGCCUGCAGCUGGCCCAGGACGCCGAGCUCCGCAGCAGCCGGAGGGAGGCCCACAACCACCGCGACAGCGCCGCCAGCGUCCGCAGCGCCAGCGCCAGCGCCAGCCGCCGCAACAGCAACCUGUCGGCCGCCCAGAGCAGCGACGACGGCCACUCGGCCGCCACGUCGGAGACGGGCGACGAGAGCCUCCUCCAGCCGUCGGGAAGGCCCUCGAGCAUCCCGCCCACGCCGGACCUGAUCCCGAACCGCAGCUCGACGGCCAUGUCGUUUGCGUCGACGACGGCCACGACGCCCGAGAGGGGAAGCCAGCAGUUCCUGUCGCGCGAGGACAUACCCACCAAGAUCGUCGAGGACGACGAGGAGGACGGCUUCGAGGACGCCAGGACGGAUCACGGCUCUCAGGAGAAUGGCCUCGUGUCCAAGCACGGCAACACCAACUCUCUCCUUCACCGGUCUUCCGGAGCUCGCAUCAGCGCCAUCGGCGGUAACCGAUGA